ACUAAUGAACGGAUCCUAUUUGAACUAUAAUCUCAGUUUCGUCUCUCUUCCUGAAGUGUAUGGGGUGUGGAGGCGGGGAAGGGGGUGGUCCAGAGGAUGGGAAUACAAACGAGAUGAAUUCGAAACUCCUACCCAGAGUAACAGCGGUAGUACGCUGUAAUUCUACGCACAUGUGUAACCGGAUGGAAUGAGAAGCUGCCUUCUCAUUGAAUAUUUCCCCACUAUUAGAAAUCAUUCUGAAGGCCACGUGGUGGCAUGAUCUUCCUGUUACUAACAAUCCUAGGCGCUGCCAUGUCUUUUCCAUCAGGAUCAUGUGAUAAUCCGGAGCUCUCCACUCCACCUGCCUGCACCCUGAUCGCAGCUUGUUCGCCACCACCGCUUGUGCUGGAGGACUGCCAGCCCGUAUCUCGGUAAUUCCCAGUCAGACUGACCACUGCGGAUUUUGAAAUGGAGGUGGACCUCAGUGGUAUUUCCAGGACAGUCUUGCCUGUCCUUCCUGCCCCUGCCGUUGAAGUGAGCUCUCCGGGCAAGACAGAGCCAGAGAAACCCCGUAGCUCCAGCACUCCAUGCUCGCCAGUCAAGCGGACUGCGUCAAGCUACCAAAUUCUUCACAUGGACACUAACUACUUGGUCGGUUUUGCCACCGGCGGUGAACUUUUAAAAUUGGCUCAGAGGUGGUCGAGUAGUGACGGGGGUGCCGCAGAUGUUGUGCCCAAGCAGCAGGAAGUAGGGCUGACUAGAAACUCGCGUGUCUGUCGAACCAAGAACCGGUAUUAUCAGCCGUACGAGAUCCCAGCUGCAAAUGGACGAAGGCGGCGGCGAAUGCCAAGCUCGGGGGAACGUACCAUCAAGUCAUUGUCCUUUGAACCUAGCAGAUGUCUACGUGGCCCUUUGCCAGUUUGCCUCAUUAAAGGGAAAAGAGCCCAGUCAAAAUCCUUAGAUUACCUAAACCUUGAUAAAAUGAAUAUUAAGGAGCCUGCAGACACGGAAGUGCUGCAGUACCAGCUACAACAUCUCACGCUUAGAGGAGAGCGUGUAUUCAGCAGAAAUAAAACUUGAAAAGAAAGAAAAAUCAUAAACUGGAAUGGAUGAGGUGGUCUUCAAUGAUUGGCUGGAAACUCUUUGCGAAGCUAUUGAUACAGUUUUAGUAGUUUGAAUAUUCAUAUUAAAGCUUUAGAACAAUUAAAUCACUAAAAUUAAUGUUCUUUUCAAUUGUUCCAAACACAAUUUGAAAUUUUGGAAUAAAUCUCUGUACUGAAACUGCAUUUAGUCAGCUGCUUGAAAUUUGCAUAUUAUUUUAACUUUUAACACUGUUAGCUAAGUUUUUCUCCUCUAUCUGAAGUGUUUAAACUUAUAAUGUCAGUGAUUGGUUUCACAUCUUCCAUUUCACUUGGCCUGCUGUAUUUUGCCAAAGUCCACCUCUCUCUUAUUCUUUUUGAAUAGAUUUUGACGAUUUUGUUAACUUUUCUUCAGAGCCUAGAGCAACUAGGCUAAGCUGUGAUGACUUAGCAAUAAAAUAUGAUACCUAUUACUGGGAACUGAUCUAAAUGAUGACUGAAACUAUUCUAGUUCCCUGUAAUGGCUUUUAAUGCUUCAUCCCAAAUUCUAGGAUGGUGCGAUUUUAUUUUUUUGAAAUACAGAGCAGUAACUAUGGAAACAAGUAAUGAACUCCUUACAUACAUUUUGUCCUCUGGUUUCUGGGAUAAAGUUGCUUAGACAUAGGAUCUUGUGGCAAAUACCGCAGCUGAAAAGAAAUAAUGAUUUCUAAAGUGUAUAUUUGUAUUGACAGCCUGUUAGAACUCAGAAUAAAAUUCCAAUGACUGGGUGUUAGAAACAACUGUAAGUAAUUACAACAAUAAUGUCAGUAUAAAUUCAAAUUUCCCAGUUUGAACUGCUAACAAGCUGCUCGAAAAGCCUCAAUGGAUAAUCUGUGCAAAUAAAUCACUAUUUGUGAUUUUUAAAGAAGGAAUUCCUUUGACUCGAAAUAGAUUAUCACAUUCCUUUUGUAUUGCUUUCUUUAAAUUAAGUAAAGAGAUUUUCUUUCAUUUACUGGUCUAGGCUUUAUGGCAGUACGUGAAGGAUAAUUACUUAUUGCCAAUAAAAUAAACUUAUCUAAAUUAUUUUGGUUGAUUGCAGAAUUAAUUUUAUUGAUCCCAUAUUACCAAUUGCACUGUAAGUUGUGCAAUCAAUGGCGAUAUUUUCCUCCUUUCAAAUAGUACAGACAAUGAGGGAAAAUGGCAUACAACCACUCUGUUAUAGAUUGUGAGUUGCCCUUGAACACAUGACCUUGCUGUGGCAUGUCAGAAUGUACUUGAGAGUUGCUAUGAGCGACACAGAGGCCGGACAUGGCAGGGACAGUAGAUUUCCUUCCCUCAGGGGCUUCACUAAACUGGUUAUAGUUUCAAGGCAGUGAUGUAGUUCCACAGUCUCUAUUUUGGUACAAGUUUCCUUUUUGUUUGGACAUUUUAAUUAGCUGCAUUUGUGAUCUCUCAGUUAUCAGAAACAGGUUUAGUAUCACCUGCAUAUGUCGUGAAAUUUGUUGUGACGUGUGGUUGCAAUAGAAGUUGAGUGCAUCUCUUGAUUGUGGCACCAUAGUGCAGCGGUUAGCAUAACACUUUACAUUGCCAGUGAUCUGGGUUCAAUUCCUGACACUGUUUGUAAGGAUGUAUGUUCUUACUGUGACUACCUGGGUUUUUUCCAGGCGCCCUGCUUUCCUCCUAUAUUCCAAAGAUGUACAGGUUAAUAGUUUGUUGGGCCAAAAGGGCCUGUCACCAUACUUAAUCUUUAAAUUUAAAAAAAAAACCAUUACACAGUAACAUUAUACCAGCUUUUGAAGUGAGAUAGAACCAUACAAUGUGUCAUUAUGAGACUGCCUUCUAAGGUUAAAUUAUCUGCCUAAAAGUAAUAUUCAUACAACAAAAUUGAAUCCUUAAAAUCAUAUUUAUUUUUUUUUUAAUUUCCAUACUAUCUUCUGGAGAACAUAGCAUUUAAAAAUCUUUUACAACUUUUCCUUUUUAAUCUGAACUGUCAUGGCCCUUGAUAAUAGGGUAUUGAAACUUUGUUUUAAAUGAGUGUAUUAGUGCAAACACUUUCAAAACUUUAUUCUGACAUUUCAGUCAUUGAAUUGAACAAUACAUUUGGAUAUAAUGUGACUUGGUUAUUAAUGCUUGUGCCCAUACUAUCCCUUAUUCUUUUAAAGUGAACAAACAGGUAUUAAAUAAGCUCUAUUUGUCACAACCUGCAGUAAAUAUCCUAAAAACUGACUCGCAAUGCUUAUAUUUUAGUUCCUUAUUGAAGGCUUUUCUGUGCAGUUUAACAAAUUUUGAAAGUAAUGCUAAAGAAAGUUUGUGGCCCUAGUAUUACCAGAGUUUCCAACAGCUCUUGAAAUUUUUAUUUUGCAGUGCACAGAUGCCUGAUCAUGUUACUUUUCCCUCAACAGCGGCUCUGGGAAAUUCCAGUUCAUGCUAGCCUUCAGAAGGGAAUUUGAAUCAUUUGUCUAGUUCUCCAAUGCAAUGGCGAGAAGACUAGUCUGGGCUUUAGGAGGCUGUUUGAAUGCCUAUCAGAAAAGCAACUCCCAAGUUUUGAGUGACAUCAAGAUGUUUAGAGCUGGAUAACUAGCUUAGUGUGAGGAGUUUUGAAAACAACAACAUGCUUGGAUGGCCCAACAGCCUGAAGCUGUUACUGGUGUUGCAUUCAUAAACACAAGAGAUCCUGCAGGUGCUGGAAAUCCAGAGCACCGCACGCACAAAAUACGGGAAGAACUCAACGGGUCAGGCAACUUCUAUGGAAAUGAAUAAACAGUCGAUGUUUCAGGGCCUGAUGAAGGGUAUCGGCUGGAGACGCUGACCGUCUAUUCAUUUCCGUAGAUGCUGCUUGGCCCGCUGAGUUCCUCCGGCAUUUUUGUGUGUGUGGUGCUCUGAUGUGGCGUCAGCUGGACGACCUCCACCUUCAGGAAGAGUUUGCCUGCGAAGUGGUGAGGAUAUUAUUGAAUAUUCUCAUCGUAAAGUAUUUUUUGUGGGGGGGGGAAGGGGAAAGUUGGAAAUAUGGUUUGAUGUUGAUGGAAAAUGAAAAUGAUCAUUCAUGUCAUCAGGACAUGUAUCCACAGCAACGUCAGGUCAUGUAGAGGUCCACUGUAUCCACAGCAACAUCAGGGCACAUGUUGGACAAUUUGCUGAAUGUAUUUUGAGAAAUGAAGAGCAGAUUCUGUAACUAGCCAUUAUAUAUUAACUAAAAUCAUUGUGGGUGUGACUUUCUUUGCUUGCUUUUGACUGCAUCAUUACAAAGCUAUUAACAAAAAAGUGCUAGCUCAGUCGCAUGUAUCUCAAAGUAAAUUAAAUGAUUAAUCUUUGAUCUAGGAAUGUUCUUGACAGUUACUAUUGUGGUCGAUGCAUUAUCCUGAAAUUGCCCUUGACAAAGAUAAAGCUGGGAAUUGUUAAAUGUGGUUGAGCUGAAGAGUUUGUAUUUAUGUAAGAAGCUAGUAUUUUAUAAAGUAAGCUGAUUUCAUGACCUGCUUUUAAAUGUUCAUGGUCCAGUGAACCUAGUUUAUUGUACCGUACAGUAGAGCUUUAAUCUCAAAUAGAUGAUUUUACAAUGUUUGAGGCUACAUAUCUUGCUGCUGUCUAAGCUUAGAAUGUACAAUAGAUCUAUGAUGAUGAAUACGCACAUAAUCUACCAGUAAUUAGGAAUGAAAUGUGCCUUCUGGAUACAGGGUGCACUUAUUGCAAACGUAGUCUUUACGUGCUUUCUCCUGCCCCGCAGACUGGAGCUGCUGCUCGUCACAACUCCAUUUAAAAGUCUUAAUUAUUCUCACAAACAGGGUCAGUUAAUAAAACAGUACAUCCCAAGUAUAUUAAAAUGCAAUGGAAUUUCAAUUUUCACCAUCCCACCAUAAAACAUAGGAACUAAUUAGCCUAUUCGGCUAAUAUAGUUUUCUCCACCAUUCCGUCAUGGCUGAUUUAUUGUCCUUCUCAACACCAUUGUCUUGCCUCCCCUCCCUGGAACCACUGGCACUCUUAAUAACCCUAUCAGCUUCUGCUUUAAAUAUACCCAAUGAUUUGGCCUCCACAUCCAUCUGUAGCAAUGAAUUCCACAAAUUCACCACCUUCUGGCUAAAGAAAUUCCUCUUCGGCCCUAUUCCAAAGGGACAUCUAUCUAUUCGAAGGCUGUGCCAUCUGGUCGGAGACUCCCACAUUAUAGAGAACAUCCACUCUAUCUCGUCCUUUCAAUAUUGUAUAGGUUUCAGUGAUACUCCCCCCUCCCCAGCCCUCAAACUCCAGGCCCAGAGCCAUCAAGUGCUUCUCAGAUAUUAACCCUUUCAUUCUUGUGCACCUCCUCUAAAUCUCUCUGAUGCCAGCUCAUCUUAGAUAAGGGCCAAAAGCUUGUAAUCUGUUUGUAGAAUCCCCUUUCCAUUAAUGCAAGAAACUGAUGUACAGACGCAAGGAAAUUAAAAAUAUUAGAGUGGAAAUCGGGAUAUUACGGCACAGAGGCAGACCCGGUGUUUCUGUGCUAGUCUGAUCCACCUGCACCCAAACUAUGGCUCUCCGUACCCCUCUCAAACAGGUACCUAUCUGAACUUAAACGUUACAAUUGGACCUGUACCUCCUGCUUCCAGUGGCAGCUUGUUCCAUACCGCCAUCUCUCUCUGAGUGAAGAAGGUCCCCUUGUAUAUCCUGUGGUUCAAUUUAUUUACUUCUGCGGCCUUUUUUUUAGGCGUAUCCAUGCCGGAGUUAGAUUCCUACAUCUUAAGAUAGUAACAUCUACACUACAACCUGCCUUGUAACUCCUCUACUAGGUUACAGCAAGGUAGCUGGAUGUGGAACUCUCAACUACACUUAUGGGGCUAUUAAUUGUGUUGUCUGGACGAAAGAGCAGGCCUAGAUCACUCAGCCCUUUCAACCCCGUCCUGUCAUUAAAUAUGAAUGUGAUUGAUCCUCUAUCUCAAUGAGCUUCUCAUAAUCUCCCAUAAUAGGGAGUUUCUGUACAUAGAGCAUAGAACAGAACAGGCCUUUGGCCCACGAUGCUGUGCUGAUCUUUUAUCCAACUCGAAGAUGAAUCUAUCCCUUCUCUAUCAGAUAACCCUCAAUUUUUCUAUCAUCCAUGUGCCUAUCUAAGCAAUUCUUGAAUACCCCUAAUGUUUCUGACUCUACCAUGACCUUUGGCAGUGUGUUCCAUUCACCCACCAUUCCCUGUCUGACGAAUGUGCCUCUGCUGUCACCCGCCUAUAAUUUCCUCCAGUAUCCUUACAAUUACGCUCCCCUGUAUAGGCCAUUUCCACCUUGGCUGUCCACUCAAUCUACACCCUAAUUAUCUUGUACGCCUCUUUCAAAUCAUUCUCAUCCUCCUUUGGUCCAAAGAGAAAAGCCCUAACUCGCUCUGCCUACCUUCAUACGACACACUCUCUAGUCCAGGCAGCACCCUGGUAAAUCUCCUCUGCACCCUCUCUAAAGCUUCCACAUCCCUCCUAUAAUGAGGCAACCAGAAAGGAACAUGAUAUUCCAAAUGUCUCUGGGAUAUCUUUGUUGACUAGAAACCUUGCUGCAGGUUCUAUCUAAUCUGACCUGUGGUUAUAUGGUUGUGCAAUUGAGUCAUUUUAAAAUUUAUUAAUGGGAUAGAAGUACUAUGCUUGAUUAUACAUUCACGUAACCAGGGAUGAUCCUUUUUUAGUGCAAUUCAACCUGUGUAAUAAUAAGUGCACGUUAAGCCAGGAAGUAUUUGGAUAUUAUUUAUUUUUUACAUUUUUUAUUGAGUUUAAUAUAUUGUCUUCAGCAAAUUAUGAAUGAAAUGCAUAAAAUGAUACUGCUUAUAAUCAAUAAAAGGAUUUCCA